ACUGAAAAAUAUCCUGUCCAAGACACAGGAGUACCUAAAGAUGAGGAAUACCUAACAGAUCAAGUUACAUUGGAAAUUGCAUCUGUGAACAUCAAGACCCUUACGUCAGAUUCUGGCCUAAUCCAACAGCCAGAAGACAAAGACACGCAAAACCAUAGUGACGAAUCACUUUCAGAUCUUAAGAAAACCUGCAAGGAAAAUGGCACCUGCUCUUUGUGUUUAUUCCGUGCACCGACCAUCAGUGACAUGCUCAAUGAUGAGGACUUGUUGUACACAGUGAGGCUAAAGCUGGAUCCCUGCCACCCAACAGUGAAAAACUGGAGAAAUUUAGCAAGCAAGUGGGGGAUGACUUAUGAUGAAUUGUGUUUCCUUGAACAGAAGCCCCAAAGUCCCACCUUGGAGUUCUUGCUACGGAAUAGUGACAGGACUGUGGAGCAGCUGAUUGAUCUCUGUAAAUUUUAUAAGAGAGUUGAUGUUGUAAAAGUGCUGCUGAAAUGGGUGGAGGAGGAAUGGCCCAAGAGAGGGAACAGAACUUACCAGAAUGACUUCUAGGUCAAAGAAAAUUGUUAGUCCGUACGUGUUAAAUGCUGGGACUAGCUGCCACUAGUACCUGGGAAGUUUCCCUUGCAAGAGAGAGAGAGAGAGCCUGUACUGACGGUUUGUAUACUGUGUAAGCUUUACAUACUGUAUACACAUACAUAUGUUUUGUGCCCUCAGGGUUGCAAAGAUAACCUUCGAAAAAAUGGAUGGAAUAAUGCAGGUUGUGUUCUUGAGUCUACAAAUGCCUUCAGUUUCUUUGCU